CAGGAUCAGCUUUCAGGAUGGGGCACCGCGCUGGCUUCAGCUGCAGGCUCUUCCCAUCGGGGCCGUCUCUGUCAUGAAGAAGGGGAGGAGGGGUGGCCCGGGAAGGGAAGCAAGCGGAGGCACAAAAGCAGCCGGAGUCUUUGCAGGGACGGCCGCAACAAAGCAGUCGGGGCUGCAAAGGGCAGCCUGCCCGGAGGCCACUUUUCCUUCUGCGGAGAGUUUGCAGCGGGGAGUUUCCUGUUUCUGUCGCUCGCCUGUCGCAAACGCGUGGAUCUGGCUGAGCACAGGGGCGAUUGGCUGCUCCUUCUCCGGGUUUGGCGCGUCCGGGCCCCGCGAUGGUAAUCCCUCCUCCCCUGACCAGCAAAUUUGCACGGCUCUCCCAAGGCGAUCGAACUCGUUAACUUCUUCGCAAGUCUUUUUGGAGGGGAAACCCGGCGCGAUCUGCUGCAGCCUGCACUGAAUUUCGGACGCUGCCCCCAUUCGAGGAAAGACUCUCGCAAAGUCCCGGGAAGGUUUUUUUUGUGCUGCUUACGACAAGUCUCGCCUCCCGCUCCCACCCCGGCCUCUGGAUUUUGUAUGUCCCUGGAGUAUCAAGCCCAAGACAUAAAGGAUCAGUCGAGCGAUGCUUUCUUAUUUUCUAGGAAGGUGUUUUCAGAAAACCAUGGCUGUAAGAGGACCUAUGAAGAAGUAAAUCCAGUCUGCACACCAAGUUGUUGGCCCAGUCGCAAGUGCUUUCAUGAGUUAACACUGGGCCCAGAUCCACCCUUCGUUUCCUGCAGCCAGGUGAUCUGCAGCCAAGCAAUGGGUCAAAAAAUCUCAGGGAGCAUAAAGUCAGUUGAUGUAAGGGAACCCCCUUACAGACCUGUCAAACGAGAACUAAGGGGUCCAGAUUUCUGCAAGCCUGCACGACUGGAUAUGUUGUUGGAUAUGCCCCCAGCCCAUUUGGAGGUUCAGUACAAACAUGCUUGGAACAAUGAAGAUCGAUCCUUAAAUAUAUUUGUGAAGGAAGAUGACAAACUGACGUUUCAUAGACAUCCCGUUGCCCAAAGCACAGACUGCAUCCGUGGCAAAGUUGGCUAUACGAGGGGCCUACAUGUCUGGCAGAUUCACUGGCCUACCAGGCAACGAGGGACACAUGCUGUUGUUGGAGUGUCAACAGCAGACGCUCCAUUGCAUUCUGUAGGAUAUACGUCGUUGGUUGGUAGCAAUAAUGAGUCAUGGGGUUGGGACCUUGGACGCAACAAACUUUAUCACAACUGUAAAAAUCAACCUGGAGUGACGUAUCCUGUAUUUUUGGAACCAGAUGAGUCUUUUGUACUCCCAGAUUCCUUACUGGUGGUUUUGGAUAUGGAUGAAGGGACGCUUAGCUUCAUUGUAGAUGGACAGUACCUUGGAGUUGCCUUCAGGGGACUAAAAGGGAAAAAACUUUAUCCUAUAGUCAGUGCAGUUUGGGGGCACUGUGAAAUUACAAUGAGAUACAUCAACGGACUUGAUCCGGAACCCCUGCCUUUAAUGGACCUGUGCCGAAGAUCAAUCCGCUUUGCUCUGGGCAGAGAACGCCUGCAUGAUAUAGAAAUUCUACCUUUGCCUCAAUCUCUGAAAAAUUAUUUACAAUAUCAGUAAGAUGAAUCCUAGACCUCUAAAUGAUAGAAAUUGUUUACAUCAGAAUAUAAAUCUUUGUGAUGGAUCUUUUGAGUGUUAUUUAACUUUUUUAACCUUUUUUUUAAUCACCCAUGACAGAACAUUGUGGAGACUACUAAGGAAUGUGAAAACUCUUUGCAUUGGUCUAGUUUUUUAAGUGAAAUAAUUGUUACCUAUGCUGUUAGCAGCCUUGAAACGCAGAAUCCAAAGCUUGUCUUCACUAGUCAGAUCCAAAGUUGGGGUUUAUAUGCGGUCUGGCAUCGAGUAUGCACCAGAUGAAGGUCUAACCCUAGGUGUAGCCUGUAUGCAAAAGUAACAGGUUACCAGCUGCACAGCUAGUAAAAUAAAUACCACAGUUUAUCAGAAUUCAGCAUCCUGAAUGUUCCUGAACACAUAUAUAACUAACUACAAUUCUAUACACAUCAGCUGUGAUCCAGACCUCCUUUGCACAUAGGCGCUUUUUUGUUCUUCCUUGGGAAGAAGAAUCCUCCAGUACACACAAGAUUCUCAUGUGCGCUAUAUAAGGGAGUGGGGAACCCUUGCACAUGUGAAGCACUGGAGCUCCAUUGAAACUGAUAUAUUUGUGGCCUUUUAUUUUUUUAGUUGCUCUGCCUUUCAGAAAAUCAUACUGUUGGUAUAGUAUACCACCUGCCAUAUUUUAAAUUAUUUUAUAUAGCAGCUGUGUCAUGAUUUUUAAGGUAGCUGAUCUUCCCCUUUUCAGAAGCAACUCAGGCCAAUUGAUAAACUAGCGGAGCUGGCAUACUUAAAUUUUGGCUUAAUUCUGUCCUACCUUUUUAGUGGGGUGGGAUUUGUUCAAAUCACUGAUUCCUAGUUUAGCUUGUUAUUUAUUAGGGUAUUAUUCAACUUUAGCUUUUUUCCCCCCCAAGACCAAAUAUCAUGUCACAUUUUAACUCGGAACAAAUGUUAUUUGUAUACCAUGAAUUCCAAAUACUGGAUUUUCUUUUUUAACCUGUAUGUGACAAUAGCAUUUGCUUAUUUUGUCAAGAGUCUCCCAUUUAUAUGUUUUAUGUCACUAGAGAAGGAUGGCCUUCUGUUGUUCUUCUUCACUGCUUAAGAUGUACUCAUUCUUUGGGAUGAAUUUAUUUUUUAAAGACACUGCUUUCUUUUUUGAGUUUCCCACCAUGUUCAAAGAUCUCAGCCUGAUCAGUUGUCUAGUUUUUAACUGGAAGUUGUUGUAAUGGCGGGAAGUCGAAUGUUUAGACUCAGCUGCCUUCAGCAUAUUUUAAUGUGAAUUUAUCGAAGAAUGAAGAAAAUGUUUCUAAUAAAGUCUACUGUCCAAAUUG